AUGGCUAUGGCUGCAGCUCAUCGGAUGCCCAAAAGCUUCACCUCUGGCUUCCUGACAGUCCCGGAGCAGAGAAAUGAUAUGGGCGCGUUUGCUAGGAUGCCUCCGUUGACACCGGUGAAGGACAUGCGGAUGCGACUGACAAUUCGCCAGCGUCGUCGCUUUCCCAACAAUUUAGCAAUUAUCCUUCCGGAUAACUACGAGGAAUCAUUGCCACAAUUGAGGACAACAAGCCACGAGCAACAGGACGUGCAGCGCCUGCAGAACCAGCAAGACCAAUACGACCAGCAGACGGAGCAAGAUCAUCUCGGUGAAAAAUCCGCCGAGGCUAUGGCUGCAGAAUGGAUGUGCUGGCUUAAAAUCAUGGUCCCAGACACGAACAUUCAGUGGUACGUGACGGACAACAGAAACGAGAUCUACAAGUUCUAUGUGGAUUAUCAGAUCAUAAAGAGUCUCUGGGACGGGUUUUCAGGAGGCAGUCUGAUACAUUAUGUAUGGCGUGUGAAGGAGAAAUCAUCACCAUCAUCACCUGCCGCUCUCAUCAAAUUACCCAUCGAAAUAGUAAUGAUGAUCUUCAAUGAGCUCGACGUUCCCGACCAAGUGUGUCUAGGCCUGACAAGCAAAGCCUUGGCAAACAUCACCCGCCACCUGAACGGUGGUUACGGCGUACUAUAUGACAGUUCCAUGAGACUGCAGAUCCUCUUCCGGUUGGAAUCGUGGAUGACAGAGGUGCGCCGGUUGUGCAUGGCCUGUGGAAAAUAUUUCCCACUCGACCCGCUGUUCUGGAAGGAGCGGAAGCGUCAAGGGCGGUGUAGGACGCGUAGCAUGGUGUAUGGACGCGUGGAUGUGGAUUUUGAGUUCCAGGGGGAGACGUGUCCGGAGUGCGCAGCGGCGAUAUCAUGGGGAAAUAUUGCGAUGGCGCAUAUUGGAAUGCAAAUGGCUGUUCGCUAG